GCCGCUUAAAUGGGUCUAACGUUAUGAGGAGGGUGUGUGUGUGUGGAUGAGUUAAAAGUAUCAGAGUCGCUCCGGCAUGACAGGAGGUGAAAUCUUUUAAAAUGUUUACGCGUUUUGAUUAGCGGCAGGUCUUUGAUCCUGGGCGGAAUCUGCCGGCCGGGUUCUGGAGCUGUAAAGAGCUGUGUUAGAUUGAGGAGAACCUGUGUCUCUCCAUCAUCAGAGAUCACUCCUGUACCGGAGGUUGAAACUCCAGUGACUGCUCCUAACUCAAGGUCUGUGAGGCCCAACCAGUCUACUUCAUAAUCCAUAUCUCUGAGAUAUUGCUGAAAGCAGAAGUUUGACGAAUGAAUCCUUGGUGACCAAAAACACAGAAUUUAAAUAGCAACAAUGCCUACAAGUAACAGUGCCGUUCCGACAAGAUAAUUGACUUCUAUCAUCCAGUCCUGAAAUUACAAAUGGCAUUGCUUCAUCCAGAUCAAGUUACUGAAAGAGUGGAAUCUGUUUCCACCCAAAUGAUCACCAAGAUCCCCAAAACUUUAAAUUGUUGUAGGUCAAAACUGAUUGUGCACUUGGAUUUAAAUAACACAGUCCUGCUGUUUGACACAGUUACCAGACAAGGGCCCAGGAGAGCGCUCAGUUCCUUUCUAACCACUGUUACUUGGGGCCGGAUCAAUCAGGAAGGAAAGUGGGAAUGGCUGAGUGAAGUACCUUCCCUGAUCCCACCCUGUGAUGGUGCUGUGAGCUAUUAUUCGCAGUUCGGGAGGCCAUUGGAUUUCACAGAGACUGGUGAUGGUUCCCUCUUUAAAAAGAUUUUUACUGACCACCUACAGAAAGUAGAAUGGAUGGGUCCCCACAAUGAGCUUCUGUCUAUGACUGAUGAAGAUGGCAAAGAGUACCAUCAGAUCCUGCCAGCUUUCUUUGAGUUAAUUGAUUGUUUAUCAUCACAAGGUAGAGAAUUUGCUAUAGUACUUCGAACCUUUGGGUCGGAUUUGUGUAGAACAUUAAAGACCAUUCAAAUCACCCUGUCAGGUCAACAUCCUCAGUAUCAACGUCUUCAAAUGAAACAUCUUCCAUUGACAGUCGCACCGGGUAAAAUCCGUUGUAACAAAAAUAAUGUUGUGUUGACCUUGGGAUCUGAGCGGAUUUCUACACAAUCAGGUGCUAGAGCUCUGUAUAACUACUUCUCUUCAUUGGAAGGAAUUGUAGGUUUUCAGGAUCAUUUUGAUUGGUGGUCUCGGAAUAGCUUCUCAAAUGAAGGUGGUAAACCAUUUUGGAUUGAUCCUUCUGAAACUGGAAUACAACAUAUCUUUAUAGAUGACAAUAUUCGCCUGAAUGAUGCUGAGAGCAUUGUUCAUCCACAGUAUCUACACACAUGCGAGGCUCUACAUGGGAAAGUACCUGUGAGGAUAGAUGAUGCAUUUAUAAAGUGUGACCAAGCUGCUGCUUCUAGAGGGGAAAAAGUGUGUCACACUGGUUGGAAGUCUGCACUUGAAGAGAUGAUGAGACCUCAUCCGGGAGAUUAGAAACCUCUGUAAUGUUGAGACUUCGAAAUGCUACUCAGUGCAUGACAUGCUAGCAUAUACACUGCAUCCCUACUUCUUUAUUCAGCGAUUUUUUUUUCCCUGUGCAAUCGCCAGGUUAACCAGUAGUUUCUGUUUUGCCAGGCACAAAUUCCUCCUCACCCACAUUCUUGUGAUCUCCAUUGUUGUUUGCUUUAUGGCUGUUCGAUUAGAGGAAGGGUGCCCACCAUCCCUUCCACAUUUUUGGGUGCCUUCUCUCCUGUUCUUUUACAAAUAUAUGUCUUGGUGGUAAAAGCUCUCAGGAACCCUCUGGCUGUAAGCAAUUCUAAGGACCCACUAAAUGCUCUGGUUGUACAGCCCUAGUUUAGAAGCAGCAUGCAUUCUGAGGCUGCUCUGGUGGUGUUUCUGCUGGUUAGUGCAAGGCCUGAGGUGUCCUCAGUAUGUUGGGGGCAUUACCUUUAGCAGAACAUAUGAGGUCAUUAAAUUCAUGAAACACUGUAACUGAGUUCUCCUUGUCUCACCUUUGCCACUUGCCUGUGGCCAUCUGGAGCUUCAUCUGUGUAAUCACCAAAGGUAGCCUCCUCUUCCUCCUCCUCCAGCUUCCAACAUGAGAUCCAGGCCUCCGUCAAUGAACAGGGGAGCAACCCUGCCCUGUGUGCCAGUCCUCCUGUUCCAUCCAUGACUUCACAUCCCUUUGCAGCAGUGAAAGAUUUCUACACAAACUGCAAUUCUCUUUCAGUAUAGCCAGCAGCCUUCAUAAUAGCUGCUUUGGAAUAUAUAAACUGUAGUGAAUUUCACGCUUGAUGUAUUCAUCAUUCCUUUUCAAGCUGGCUCUAAUUUGUCAAGGAAACCACUUUGAUUUGUAUUAAGGGUGUACUGAACCCCACCCCAACUUUCCAUGAAAAUGACAGCUUUAAACAGAUUUCCAUCAGAGGUGGGCUUCUGAGCAAAAGUCAAAUAUGGCUGUUGUUACCCAGCUCCUUGGCAAAAAUUUAACCCAAUAUUAGACAAGUGAUUUUGCUUUUCCAAAUUCUUUAAAGGCUUUGUUUGAAUAUUGAGGACUGCCAUAGCUUCUAUGCCAACAUUUAGUUGAUCAUAAAAGUUACAUUUUGAUUUGGUUAAAGCUAUAACCUUCAGUUUUCAGUUCAGAUAUUUGUAUUUUAGCUUUUGCCUGAAGUUGCUGCCUUUUCAUCCAACACAAUAGUGAAUAAAUCAAUGUUCUAAUUUUGAGUAAAGUCUGGGACUGGUUUAUUUUUAACCUGUUUCCUCUAAUACGGCACUCGUCAUCAUUCAAAUUAAAUAAUCAUUUUGCAUCUAGUUACCUAUAGUUCUCAAAAUUUUAUCAGUUUUAUCCCUGCUUAUAAUCGCCUUUCUACAGUGAGUUCUGUUCAUUGCUUAGCAUCCUGGAUGAAGGAGUCAUUAGAGUCAUACAGCACAGAAAAUACCCUUCAGUUCAUCCAGUCAAUGUUGAAAAUGAUACCAAACUAAACUAGCCCCACCUGCCUGCUCUUAGCCCAUAACUGUCCAAACGUUUCCUAUUCAUGUAUUUAUCCAAGUAUCUUUUUUUAAACAUUGUAACUGUGGCCACAUCCACCACUUCAUCAGGAAGUUCAUUCCACACACGAACUACCCUCUGUGUAGAAAAUUUGCCCCUCAUGUCUUGUUUAAAUCUCGUGUCUCUCUCCUUAAAAAGUUUUUUUCCCUAGUCUUGAACUCUCCCAUCCUGGGGAAAAGACACCUAACAUUAACCCUAUCAAUGUCCCACAUGAUCAUCCUGAGUCAUCGUCAUUGCUGUUCAUUAACUUUACAGAAAAGUUUUAGAAAAAUUAGAAUACAUUAAACUAGAAAAUGGUACAAAAAAUUGUUUUAAAACAUGAUGUGAAAGGCUUAUAGUACCUUGAUUUCUGUUCUAUUCAAAUUUGCACUUGUGCUCAAGUGGCUUAAAUAAGCAUUCAACUUCUCAUGCUUGUUUUGGAUCAUUGAUAACUUCAUACUGCCAAUAUGCUGGUGAAUGGUCAAUAAUAAUGAACACUUGUGUUUAACAGAAAGGACUUUUUAUGAGGAUUCUUUCUGUAACAUCAGCAUACUUGAACUGCUACCAUCCAGUCUCCACUGUGCUAAGUUAGCAUUUGCAAGCAUCCAGUCACUGUGAAUUGAUUACUAGAAUUUAUGCACAGGUUAAAGUACUGAUUGAAUGUUUUUCCAUUUAUGUAAUUUACAAAACCAAAGAUACAGAUGAAAUGCUACCUUAGAAUAAUUUGUCGUUUAGAACC